AAACAAAAUGUAGUUAGCUCGACCGAGUUAGAUAUCAAGUUUGGCCGUGGUUAGUGUAACCUGUCACCUUGAUGUGGCUGUAGGUGGAGACAAAAAAAGAAGAAGACUGUAGCGGAGUUUGAUUCACAGAGAUUCAAAGUCACAACUUGUCUGCAAAACUUCUGACUGGAACUAACAGUUCAGGAUGGACAGGAAGCAGUAUUGUGUGAAGCUGUCCGUUCAGCCGUCCAGAGGACUCAUGGAUGAGAAGUUUAUUGUCCAGGUCCAUAAUGUUCCACCAGGUUUCCAGCUGACCAUCCAUGCCUUCCACAAAUGUGAUGAUGGGCACAGCUGGGAGGCAUUCGGUCACUACACUGCCAGUGCCGCCGGUGCUGUGAAUGUUUCAGAGGAUCCCAGUCUUGGUGGGACAUAUUCUGGGGUUGAACAGAUGGGUCUUCUGUGGAGCCUCAGACCAGUUCCAGGCAGCAAACCUGGGCUCAGGAUGAGGAAGAUGAACGUCCAGACUCCCAUGGAGGUAUCGAUCUCUGUGUACCAGGGUCACCAGACUGAGGGCUUGGUGGAUCAAGUGCCACUGACCAGUGUGGUGGUGGAGCGCUGGUAUAUAGCGCCUGGCGUGCGUAGGGUUCCCAUCACAGAGGGUGGACUCACUGCAACCCUCUUCCUCCCUUCAGGCCCAGGACCUUUCCCUGGUGUUUUGGAUCUGUGGGGGGGUGGAGGAAAGUUGGUGGAGUACCGUUCAGCGCUGUUGGCCUCCCAUGGCUUUGCCUCCAUGGCCCUUGACUACCUGACACCUAAAAUCACCAUUGAAACCAAGAAGAUAGUGGACAACCAGUACUUUGAGACAGCCUACAGAGUCCUGGAGCAGCAUCCUCAGGUCCUUGGCAGCAGGAUUGCCAUGUUGGGACUUUCCUUGGGCACCAGUGUCACCCUAAAACUGUCUGUUUACUCCCAAGUUAUGAAACUCAGGUGCGCGGUGUGUAUUAGUGGGAGUCACGUGCAGCCUCCUGGUGGAUCUUUGGAACAAGUACUGACUUGUUUUAGAGAAAACGCUGGGAAAACUCGCAUCAACGAGGAAGGACACAUUAUCUGGCGAGAUCUGCUGCUACCCAUCCCCACUGACCCCACACUCAAAGUGGACGUUGGACAACUCCAGUGUCCUCUGUUGUUGGUUGUAGGUGAGGACGAUCAGAACUGGCCCGCCCCCGAGUCUGCAAUGGAUAUGAAGGAAAUGAUGGAGAAGGCGGGGAAUAGCCAUCUGCUGACUGUCCUGUCAUAUCCGAAUGCUGGUCACCUAAUUGAACCUCCAUACACGCCACAUGCCAGAUUCAGCAAAUUCAUGACAGUCGACACACGUCAGAAAGUGAUGGUUCUGUGGGGUGGAGAGACGGCAGCACAUUCUCGUGCUCAGGAGGACGCCUGGAGGAAGACGCUGAUCUUUCUGAGGGAAAAUCUGUACGGCGGUACAAACCCUGGUGCAACUUCAGUUUCCCACCUGUAACCAAGUUAAUAAUGAUCCUGCUUCAGUUCAACUUAAACACUACAAUAACUCAACGAGCCACACGACCAGCCAACUUUAGGUCAUUCACCAGAUUACAAUUUACACAACUUUGAUUCAUUUUUUGAUUUUAUAAUAUUUGCUUUCAUAUUUUUAUAGUAUGUAUUUGCUGACAACCAAAAACACAGCAAUCAAGCUCUAGCUUCUCAACUGUGAAAACAUUGGAGCACAUUUUUUGUUUGACAGCAGUUCUUGUUAAAACUGCCAGUAUUUGAAAUCUACACAGUUGAUUUCUCACCUCAAAUGUUGUGAAUUCAGUGUUGAAAUAACAUACGAAAAUUGGAAAAAGAGCUCUGUUGUUGGAGAACUGAUCUGAUGCGUCCAACUUGGACUGAGACUGAUGACAUUUCACAAGACAAGUUCACAAUAAACAUGCAUAAACAAGUA